AAAAAUUUACAAAAGCGCCACGCGUUGUACAGAAUUACUUUCAAUAUUAAUAUGUGAUAAAGCAGAAACCCUGUUUAUGCUAGCAGUUGCGCCUCCUGCAGCUUUGAUGGUUGAACAAGUGGAGUUAUUGUUUUGUUUCCAAAUAACUAAACUCCCAAUUAGUUAGGUUAGAGCUUUCAUAGACUUGGUAUGUGAAUUCUCGAAGUUUAAUUAGUAACUGAGUGUUUUAGAAGAUUUAUGGGCGACAUGCAAAUAGCUCAAAUAAAUAUUAAUUUAUCUGAAUAGGGGAACAUAUUUUUGAAUAUUGUGCGAAGUGAUUAAGUACCAUGGAAAUUGAUCAGGCCACAGCUAGAAAAUUCUUCCGAGAAGGUGCCUUUCUCAUUUUCUUAGGUGUUCCAGAAGGAACCGAAUUUGGUAUUGACCUAAAAUCCUGGAAUACAGGAGAGAAAUUUCGGGGAGUGAAAAUGAUCCCACCAGGCUUGCAUUAUGUAUUCUACAGUUCAGUCAGUAAUACUGGAGAUGUAGCUCCUCGUUGUGGAUUUUUUCACAACUUUAAAAAGGGGGAAUUACUUGUGAAGAAGUGGAGCAAAUUACAUGAAGGUGUCAGUUCGGAAAUUAUUUCAGAAGCUGAGGUAGUGGGUCUCAAGGAAAAUAUACAAGCUCUGGAUCAGUUUCUUGGUCCAUAUCCCUUCAACGUUUGGGAAAAAUGGAAAUCAUUAACAUCGGAUAUAUCAGAGGAAUUGGUUAAGGGGCUGAUCCCUAUGUGUGGGGAAGUUAGAUCAGCACUGGAACUAGAGCCAUGUACAGAUGCCAACAGACCAAGAGGCAGAAAAAUUUCCGAGCUCCCCAGUUCCCCUGACCUCCAGUCGACAAAGAAAUUGAGAUCUUCACUCACAGAAGAUGAUUUUCUGCCUCGUUUAGAGGCGCGUGAAGGUACAGCUUUACGGUUGACUGUGUUUCCAACUCAAUAUUUCCCAAUUGGUUCAACUCCAUCAGAAAUUACAUAUCAUUCUCUGGAUUCAUCCUAUUUGUUGGAGCAAGUCAUUAACAGCUACAAAGAGUCCAGUCAGAUUUUAGGGGAGCUAGAGUUUUGUUACAUAUGCUUCUUAGUUGGUCAUAGCCUUGAGGCUUUUGAGCAAUGGAAGAAAAUAUUUAGCCUGUUCUGCUCCUGUGAAGAUGCUAUCAAGAAACACCGUCAACUGUAUGACCUGUUUUUAUCCGUCAUAGAGGUGCAAGUUCAAGAAACACCUGAAGAAUUUUUAGCCGAUAUUGUGGCAAACAAUAAUUUAGUUUAUGUCAAAUUGAGAGAAUUGUUCAAGUUUGUCAAAAGCUCAGAUGUUGAUGGAAAAUUGAAAUGUAAAGCUGACAGGCUAAAGAAGACGUUAACUAAUGUUUAUCAGUGGGAUUUUAGUCAUUUGGAGUCUGAGGAUGAGGAGGAUGCACCCGUCAUUGUCGAAUUGUAAAGUUGGUUGAUGGUUAAUAUAAAUAAACUACUGCUUGGAGCAAA